AUGCCAACAGUUGUAGUAACUCGACCACAAACGCAAGUUCCUCAAAGUGGAUGCUGUUCCUGCUUACAUACAGCAUUCCUAUCGGAACGGGUUGGAGUUUGCAAGCUUGCAGAAGUUUUUUUAGGAUUAUUAUGCUUGGGCCUUAUAUUAUACUACUGCACUCGGGAUCGUUUUGGUGUAGCGGAAUAUCAAGGAUUUAAAGGAUCAUUAUCUGAAACCUAUUUUUUCCUGGUAACAUUCAGUUGUUUACAUGGUACUGCGACUCUGUUAAUUUCUUACGUGAUAUCCUUAUCAACUGCAACAGUUUUGCCGAAAACUACAACUGAGCUGAUUUAUCAUGGAUUUGCUUCCGUUUUUUAUUUGACAAGUAGCUUGGCUCUAAUGAUAACAAUAAUACAGAGAAAUAGUAAACUGGUAUUAUAUCGGGAAAGAGGUUAUGCUGGACUUAUAACUGCUUCGGUAUUUGGUUUAAUAAACACGGGCCUUUACGUGACCAGUUUUAUGUAUUCCUACAUAAUGUUUAAAGGCACAUAAGUCUUAAUAUAUUUGUUCUAAUUAUAUAUAUUCGUUAUUAUGCAAUCUUUGUUAGUGUCGUCGUCAUAUAAUUUAUAUUCCUAUUUUAUGUUGUGUUUUUAUAAAAUUUCUAUAUUUUAUUCGUUUUGUAUUAUAAAGUUAAUAAAAUUAUUCCAUGAUAGUUUACUGGCAAAAUACCUUUUUAAUGCACCAUAAACUCUCAAUGCUGCUUCAAUGCAAAAAGUGUGUACAUACCGGAAAGGAGUCAUCUGUAUGGCACGUCACCAAAUCACGUGAGAGUGAUGGGGAAAAAAUAUCCUGGGACCGAUUUUUUUAGUUUUAGAGACAAGAGUUUCGAACGAGAGAAUCAGUAGGGUUGAGGAAGAGCGAAGAUGCCAACAGUUGUAGUAACUCGACCACAAACGCAAGUUCCUCAAAGUGGAUGCUGUUCCUGCUUACAUACAGCAUUCCUAUCGGAACGGGUUGGAGUUUGCAAGCUUGCAGAAGUUGUAAGUACAGUACAUACUUAUAACAAUCUAUAUAUUGUCUUUGUUCUCUACAUAUUUCGGUAAAAGCGUUUA